GAGGCUGCCAGGCCUAUUUCAAAUUUGCACUGCUUUACAAUAAAUGUUAAAUGUAAUAAAUGCACUGAGAUGGAAAACUUUGAUGAAGAUGACGAGGAAUGUCCUGAUCUUGUCUCAGUGACGCCAAAGAAGAUCCCUGUAACUAUUAUAACUGGUUUCUUAGGAUCUGGUAAAACCACACUUCUGAACUACAUACUUACAGAACAACAUAAUAAAAGAAUAGCCGUCAUAUUGAAUGAGUUUGGUGAAGGCUCUGCUUUGGAGCAAUCACUGACUAUUGGUAAAGAGGGGGAUCUUUAUGAAGAAUGGCUUGAGCUGCGCAAUGGUUGUCUCUGCUGUUCUGUCAAGGACAAUGGCGUAAAAGCAAUCGAAAAUCUGAUGGAAAAAAGAGGAAAAUUUGAUUACAUCCUUUUGGAAACGACGGGUUUGGCAGAUCCUGGUCCAAUUGCUGGGAUUUUCUGGCUUGACGAAGAACUAUGUUCAGAUCUUUAUCUUGACGGUAUAAUUACAGUCGUUGAUGCAAAAUAUUGCAAACAGUACUUGAAUGAAAAGAAAGAGGAUGAUUUGAUAAAUGAAUGUGCAAGGCAAAUUGCCCUUGCAGAUCUCAUCAUUUUGAAUAAAUGCGAUCUGGUCGAGAAUAAAGACUUGGAAUCUUUACAUCAAGACAUAAGGGAAAUUAAUGGAAUGGCGGCUAUAAAGAAAACCACACAUUCAAAAAUUGAUGUUGGAUUGGUUUUAGAUCUAAACUCCUUCGAUAGCCAUUCAAAAAGCAGUGGCUUAGAUAUUCUCGAAGGGAGACUGGGCAAGCAGCCUCUGUUUGGCAAUAAUCAUCUUAGUCCGGAAAUAACUACGAUUACAUUUGAAGUUCCUGGCAAUGUUGUUGAAGCAAACCUCGAUUUAUGGCUUCAGGAACUUUUAUGGGAAAAUAAAUUCAACGAAAAAAAUAAAAAGGAAAGUAAAAUCUUGCGACUGAAGGGUAUCUUUUCGGUGGCUGGCCAAGGAUCACGAUGUUUUGUACAAGCUGUCUGUGAGAUUUACGACAAAGUUUUCACUGCGGAUUGGGAAAAUAACGAGCGAAUCAACAGAAUCAUUAUCAUAGGUAAAAACCUAGACAACGAUUGGAUAAAAGAAAGUUUUCGGCACCUUGUUGAAAGAUAGAUUUAAAGCAUGUAGUAUGUUUAGUCUUUAUAAAGUUUAUCGAAUUUUCAUGUGGAA